AACAAGACAGAAUACAUGCUGUCUAUGAUAGGUUACGCUGUUGGUUUGGGAAAUAUUUGGAGAUUCCCAUAUUUAGCCUAUGAAAACGGAGGGGGAGCCUUUGUCAUUGCCUAUUUGGUCAUGCUGGUUUUGUGCGGGAUUCCUUUGUUCUUCCUGGAAAGUGCCAUCGGUCAGUUCUCCAGUCAAGGUCCAGCCAACAUAUGGAAAGCGGUGCCACUACUUCAGGGUGUCGGCAUCGGCAUGGUGUUUUACAGCAUCCUGCAGUCAAUAUACUACAACGUCAUCGUAGCCUACGGGUUGUUCUACUUGUGUGCCUCCUUCCAGUCUCCUCUGCCGUGGUCCAAGUGCCUCAAUUGGGCCAACAAAAACUGCAGCGACAAGUCUUUAGUGGCCAACUGGACUCAGGAAAACAUAACCUGUUCUUCAUCCAACAAGAUAAGCGUUUCAGAGCAGUACUGGGAUCAUGAGGCCCUGCAGAGAUCCAGUAGUAUUGAGGAGACAGAUUCAGUCGUUUGGCACUUGGCUCUCUGUUUGCUGCUCUGCUCCAUCAUUGUUGCUGCAGCGCUAAUCAAAGGCAUCAAGUCUUCAGGAAAAGUUGUGUAUUUCACUGCUACGUUCCCAUACGUGGUGCUCAUGAUCCUGCUGAUCAGAGGGGUGACACUGGAGGGAGCCAGAGAUGGGAUAGACUUCUACGUUGGGUCCAAGUCCAACCUCACUAAAUUGAAAGAGGCUGAGGUAUGGAAAGACGCAGCCACCCAGACUGCAUUUUCACUCUCCAUCGCAAAUGGAGGACUGGUGACUUUGGCUUCCUAUGGAAACUUCCACAAUAACAUGUUCACUGACUCCAUAGUCUUGAGCUUGGUUAACCAUGCAACAAGUGUUUUUGCAGGCUUUGCCAUCUUUUCCAUUUUGGGUCACAUGUCCUACAUCUACAAAGUUCCCAUUGGAGAUGUGGUGAAAGACGGGUUUGGUCUGGCAUUCAUUGCAUACCCAGAAGCUCUCACCAAGCUUCCCAUUUCCACACUUUGGUCAAUCCUCUUCUUUUUUAUGAUCUUCAUUAUUGGCCUCGACUCUCAGUUCACAAAUUUAGAGGUGAUCGCUACAUGCUUGACUGAUGCCUUUCCUAAAAUCCUCCAAUCUAAACGGGCCUGUGUAAGUAUAGGAGUAACCAGUGUUGUUUUCCUCUUGGGCUUGCCAUUAGUCACAAAGGCUGGAAUAUACUGGGCAACACUAAUGGAUUCAUUCAGUACAACCUGGGUACCGCUCAUUUUGGCUAUCAUGGAGACCAUCGGCUUCUGCUUUAUAUAUGGGGGGAAUCGACUAGUUGAGGACAUUGAGAUGAUGAUCGGGAAAAAGAGCUGCUGGUUCUGGCUAUGGUGGAAAGCAUGCUGGUUCUUUAUUACCCCCUGUAUCCUGCUGGCCAUUCUGGUGUGGUCUAUAAAGACGUUUGCGCCCCCAAGCUACGGAGGGGUACAGCUGCCAUCUUGGGCAGUGGCUCUUGGCUGGUGCAUGGCUGCACUGCCGCUCGUAUGGAUGCCCAUCAUUGCUGCUGAAAAGUUGAUCAGAGCAGAAGGAAACCUCUGGAAGCGUCUGAAAUCAACGUGCUCCCCGUCGGAGGAGUGGCAUCCUUUUCUGGAUACCCAUCGAGGAGAGCGCUACUUGGAAGAACGUUGCAGAAAAAAGAUGACAAAAAGCAAAUGAUGAUCCACAAACAUCGCUGCAGUCCAAUGGAAGUUUGUGAUGAUGUGAGAACAUACAUUGUGGAUCACAACUUGUUUAAGGAGUCUAGGCUAGUUUAUGCUAAAGAAGAUAUCGUAUGCACUAUUUCAUACUGUUCUGUGGUAGUACGGUGCCAUGGGGGGCUUGCACUUCUGCCUCACAGUGUCUUUGCAUGUGCUGCAGCUUCCUUCCACAUCCCCCAAAAACAUGCAUGUUAGGCUAAUUGAUGUGAUUGUAGAUGGUUGUUUGUUUACAUGUGCCCUGUGAUUGACUGGCAACCAGUCCAGGGCGUACCCCGCCUCUCACCUGAAGCCGGGACAGGCUGCAGCUCAUCCAUGACCCUGAGGACAAGCGGUUUAGAAAAUGGAUGGGGAAAAAAAGCAUUAUUGUCCUGCACUACUUGACAUGUAGCAGUAGCUAAAGGGGAAAAUUGUAAUAAUUGCCAAUGAUAGACCUCAACAUCCUCUGGCAGUUCUGUUA